AUGCCCAAGAGGAAGCCCAAGCGGAGGACGGCCCGCCUGUCGGCUAAGCCUGCUCCUGCCAAGGCAGACGCCAAGCCUCGGAAGGCGGCGGGCAAGGAUAAAUCAUCAGACAAAAAAGUUCAAAAAGGGAAAAGGGGAGCAAAGGGAAAACAGGCUGAAGUGGCUAACCAGGAAACUAAAGAAGAUUUACCUGCAGAAAAUGGAGAAACGAAAAAUGAGGAGAGUCCAGCUUCUGAUGAAGCAGAAGAGAAAGAAGCCAAGUCUGAUUAAUCAUACACCAUGUCUUUUCAGUGGUCCUGUCUCCCUUCUUGUACAAUCCAGAGGAAUAUUUUUAUCAACUAUUUUGUAAAUGCAAGUUUUUUAGUAGCUCUAGAAACAUUUUUAAAAAGGAGGGAAUCCCACCUCAUCCCAUUUUUUAAGUGUAAAUGAUUUUUUUUAGAAGUGAAAUCAUUUGCUGGUUGUUUAUUUUUGGGUACAACCAGAAAAUAGUGGUAUAUUGAAUUAUGGGAGGCUUGGACUGUCUUUGGUAUCAGCUUAACAUUCCAUAGGUGGGGGGUUAGUUUUAUAUCCUACAAUACAAAGCAUAUUAAAUGGCAGUUUGGAGUCACAGUA